AACAUUACCGGCUUGCUUUGCGCGCCAUCAAGUCUUUGGGCUCAGCGCCGUGCGAUUUAUUCCAAUAUUGUCGGUUUCCCGGGUGGUGUUGCUUGGGCUAUGUUGGUGGCCAGAGUGUGUCAGUUGUAUCCCCAGGCUACUGGCUCGGUGAUUGUGGGCAAAUUCUUCCGGAUCAUGAACAAGUGGGCUUGGCCUCAGCCGGUUCUGUUGAAGCCGAUUGAAGAUGGGCCUCUUCAGAUGAAGGUUUGGAAUCCGAAGAUUUACCACGGCGACCGUUUCCACCUGAUGCCUAUUAUUACCCCUGCCUACCCCUCCAUGUGCGCGACCCACAACGUCUCAAUGUCCACCAAGGCAGUUAUUCUUCGUGAACUCCAGCGUGGUGGAGAUAUUGUGGACAAGAUUUUCUUGAAACAGCUGCGCUGGGAAGACCUGUUCGCGCGACACACUUUCUUCACGAAGGAUUACAAAUACUACCUCAGCAUCACCGCCUCGAGCAGAACCAAGGAGGCAGAGUCGGUGUGGUCUGGUCUUGUUGAAUCUAAGAUCAGACAUCUUGUUGGAGCACUAGACAGGAAAGCAACUAUCGCCAUUGCCCACCCAUUUCCCAAGGGAUUCGAGAGAGUCCAUCGUGUCUCGUCGGAGGAGGAAAUCGAGGCUGUCAAGACCGGAUCUACCAAGUACCAAGAUAAGGGAACAAAGACUGAGACCACCGAUGAGAUGAAGGAUGCGGCUCACCAGGCUGCAGCCCAGAACGGGGCGGAGAACACUGAUGUUGCAGCAGCCGAGAAUAAGCCCGUCGAUGACACUCACGUCAUGUACACGACGACUUACUAUAUUGGGUUGGAGCUCAAGCCACUCGAGCCAGGUGCCUCCCGGUCGCUGGAUAUCUCGACCGAUGCCCAGAUUUUCAAGUCGACAUGCACCUCGUGGCCAGGAUACCAACCCGGUAUCAAUGAUCUAGCGAUCACCCAUGUUCGCAACUUCGACCUUCCCGAGGACGUGUUCCAACCGGGAGAGACUCGCCCAACCCGCCCGAAGAAGAAGAUCAUCAAGAAAGCCGAGAUCAGCGGCCAGAAGCGCAACAUCGAAUCCUUGGACGUAAGUGCACGCAAGAAAGCCAAAGUAGCUUACGAGCAGCGAACCGGCUACCAUACGAACUUCGACUCUUCGCAAGUCGCCUAG